AUGACCAGCGAAAACGCCGAGCCUAUUAAGACAGGUGUACUCUGGGACGUAGAGGAUUGUCCAAUCCUUAAUGGUCUCGAUCCUAAAUCGAUUUAUGAGAACAUCAAAUCAGCUCUCGAGAAUCAAGGUUAUCAUGGUGAGGUUUCAAUAACGGCUUACAGAGAGAAGAAACCGAUCCGAAACGACUUUGAACUCGCAGGAAUCAACUUGAAAAUCGAAGGAGAUAAACAUGGUAGAUUUUUUGCCAUGUUUCACGACAUGCUUGAUUUGAUGUUUGAAACUGGAACAAAUUUGUUGAUAAUUUCACGAGACAAGACGGAUUACACCUGUUACCUCGAUGGUUCGAAAGCGAAUCUUCUAUUUGCAGAGCCUGCAGACCCACCGGAGAAUUGUUGCAAGUGCGGUAUUGUUUUGGACAAGAAGCCGAUCAUAAAACCGGUCAAAAAGGGCGUCAUUAUUAGUGAUGAAUGGGUUUGGACAAGCCUAGCCUUUGGAGGAGACCCUAUCACCAAAACCGAAAAGCCAAGAGAGCAGAGCUGA